AUGGCACUAUAUGAGCAAACCGAAACCACGACAAAGGUUACCCUAGACGACACCGAGUCCUGCUGUUGCACGAUCGAAACAGCACAAAACAUCAACGGGCAUACGGAGUAUGUGCUGCGAGUACAGCGCGGACCGUACCCGGAAAACAGCUGGCGCAUUCUCCGGCGCUACAAUGAUUUUGCUUCGCUCAACAAGUGUUUGCAAAUUUCAGGGAUCGAUUUAUCAUUCCCCGGCAAGAAGCUAAUUGGUAAUAUGCGCCCAGAUUUCAUAGCUGAACGGUUGAACGCAUUACAGGAGUAUAUAAAUCAGGUACUAAUGAAUCCCAUUUUGGCAUCAUCGUUACCAACCAAAAAGUUCAUCGAUCCAGACAGUUACUCGACGCCGUUCCAUGAUUUGGCCCUACAGUAUGCGUCGAUGAGCUUGCGCACCGAUGGCGUGUACACGCUGGGACAGUCGCUCGGUCCGAUCGGGUGGCGUUUGCGGAAGCAUUACUUCAAGGUGGUACACAAACCGCAGGGAAACAAACAUUCGCCGGGUCAUUCGACGACCAAGCACCAUCUGAUUAAAUCGAGCUCGCAGUCGCAUGGCAAGCAGCACACGACGCAGGUUUGCGUGACUACCUCGACCGAGAAGGACUACAACAGCAGCACAAGGGACCACAGUGGGCGCGACGAUCUUAUCCUGAGCUGGACUGAGUUCGGCCCCGAUCGGUACAUUGACGAGAAGGAUAUCCACACGGUGUUGAAAAACUUUGGCGGUGUGCAGCAUCCGUAUAUUGUACCGAUCGAGCAUAUCGCUUCGAACGAUAGCGGCGCACUAGUGAUACGAAAGUUCUACAAGCAGGGUAGUCUGAAGGAUGUGCUCUGCUCUGCCAGCCCAUGCAAUCCGUUCCUAUCGAAGUACGGCAGCCCGAAAGGGCGAACACCGUUGCCGUUGAAAGAUUUAGCAUUGUAUGCGCGGCAGAUACUGGAAGCGAUUCGAUUCCUCCACUCGAAGGGUAUGGCGUGCGGGCAUGUGCACUGUGGCAACGUAAUCGUGGUCGAUGGUAUUGCGAAGCUGAUGGAUGUGGAAAAUUUCAUCUUUGGCGUCCCUUCCUUCUAUCGGCCAUUUUUCGUACAGCACAGUAAGAUAAACACGUGCGAAGCGAUUGACGUGUACGGAUUCGGUCAUCUACUGUACGAGAUGUGCAUGGGUUAUCCAUUGCAGGACUCUUACGCACGUCAGAUAAGCGACUGCCCGGAUAGUUUAAAAUCUUUAUUGGAAUCGAUCCUAUCGAAAGAUGCCUGCAAGUCUUCGCUUCCUACGCUGGAUCAGCUGACAACGCACCCAUUCUUCGGCGAGUAUGUCGGACAUUUUAACGAUUUAUACGCGACAACCAUGGCUGUUCAGAAGCCACAUCUAAAAUUCUCUACCAACGCCAAAGAGCAGCUAAAGCUAGCAGUUCAAAAGACUGAGAAUCGUGUCCGCGAGGAACAGCGCUCUGUGAAGAACCAGAAGCGUUUGGUUAGGGUGCAAGAGAUGAUGACGUCCGAGGAGGAGAAGAAAAAAAUUAAACAGAAAGCUAAACAUGAACAGAAACAGGCAAAGCUCCGUGCCCAAAAUUCUCUGCAACUAAAUAACGGUCCGCCAACAACCGCAUCGUCCGGUAUGACUGCCACGGUGCAUCUAUCCAGCUCGACUGGAGGGAUCGUGAAAUCUGACAGCGCAAACAGUAUUACCUCACCGCAGGAAGCACUGAUGUCACCACCGCCGCAUGCAACGGACAGCGGCGGCAGUUGUUCCCCGCAGCCACCCCCAUCGGCACCACCGAUUCCGGGUCCUCCCUCGUCCUUACCGCUGUUUCCACCCGAUGCCGGCACUUCCAGCGGGACAGGUAAGCUUGCGAAGUCAAUUUCCGGCGACGACUCUACCGGUGGUAGUGGUAACCGCAGCGCACUGCUACAAUCGAUUUGUAAUUUUAACAAAAGUGGAUUGAAAAAGACUACUCCCAGCGAGGCCGGAAAAUAA